AUGCUUAAAGAACCCUCAAAACAAAAAUUUAUCGACAUGGAACCGGGAGAAACGGUGUGUGUGACCGGCAGCAGCGGGUUCAUCGGGUCACACAUCGUCCGCCUCCUUCUCCACCGCUGCUACGCCUUUCACGCCACCGUUCAGCAUCUUGACGAUGAAGCCGAGACGAAGCACCUCCAAGCCAUGGAUGCUGCUCACCAUCGUCUCAAGCUUUUCCAGAUCGAUCUCUUGGACUUCGAUUCCAUCCUCGCCGCCGUCCAUGGCGUCUCCGGCGUCCUCCACAUCGCCUCCCCUUGCAUCGUUGAUCUUGUUCGCGAUCCUGAGAGGGAGUUGAUUGAGCCGGCGGUGAAGGGGACGAUUAAUGUGCUCCGUGCGGCGAAGGAGAGUGGGGUGAAGCGCGUGGUGGUGACCUCGUCGAUCUCAUCCAUGGUGCCUAACCCUGGCUGGCCGGCGGAUGUAGUCAUGGAUGAGGAAUGUUGGACUGAUCUUGAGUAUUGUAAACAGAAUGGGAUAUGGUACCCGGCUUCGAAGACGAUGGCGGAGAAGGCGGCGUGGGAGUUCGCCAGAGAGAAUGGGUUGGAUGUGGUGGUGAUCAACCCUGGCACUGUGAUGGGGCCGAUCAUUCCGCCGGGAAUCAAUGCUAGCAUGGCUAUGUUCCGUCGACUUCUUGAAGGCUGCUCUGAUCAGUAUAUGAAUUUUUUCAUCGGACCUGUUCAUGUGGAAGAUGUGGCUCUGGCCCAUAUUUUACUCUACGAGAAUCCGGCAGCGUCCGGGAGGCAUCUCUGCAUAGAAAGUAUCUGUCAUUGGAGUGACUUUGCAUCAAAAGCUGCAGAGCUGUACCCUGAAUACAAAAUCCCCAGUUUUCCAAAGGAUACACAGCCAGGGGUUUUGAGAGCUCAGAAUCCAUCCAAGAAGCUAUUUGCCUUGGGAAUGUCCUUCAUCCCCAUGGAACAAAUCAUCAAAGAUGCAGUGGAGAGUUUGAAGAGCAAAGGUUAUAUUUAAAAGCUUUCCAUUACUAGUGAUUUUGCGGAAUUAGUAACUGAUUAUAUAGUGCUGUUAUGAGUGUCAUAUUUUAUGUUAAAACAUGAUUAUCUGGUGUGGUUAUGUUGUAUUAUGUUAAGACUGUGCUUGUUUAUAUUAAUAAUAUGCCAACAAAACUAAUGGAUUUUUCAAUA